GCGGGUGCAGAGACCGGGGGAGCUCGGUGAGCAGGGAGCGACCCGCAGACACCGGCUGGGCUGCAGCCUCCGCCCGCACGGCGCCCCCCACCUCCCCCUUGCCGGGAGGGGGCUCGGUCCCUCUCGCGGGGGUCAUGGAUCCCAAGCGCCUCCCCAAGAGAGCUGCCCCGGACAGCAGGAUCUACUCCCCUCCGCCCGGCUUAACAGCGGCCGGGCCCUGCUGCCCCGACUGCAGCCCCCCGUCGGCCGCCCACCGCCACGGGCUGUACUGCGGGGUGAUCCAGGCGUGCAAAGCCCCCACCUCCGCGCCCAGCAACGCCGUCUACACGGUGCUGGUGGAAGAUGCCCUGCUGAGGCGGCGGCGGCGGAAAAGUAGCGAGGAGGCGGCGGUGGCUAACGGGCUCGAGGGGAAGAGCCCUGGCAAGGGCCGGGUGAAGCAUUUGCAGAAGAGCUGUAAUGGCAACAUGCUGCCAGAAGAAGCUGAGCCGAGGGGCCUGACGGACACUCUGGUGCUGAAUGGCAGGAAGGUGGAUGAGCGGCAGGGCCUGCCUGCCAUGGCCCACAGCCAGCUGGAGGGAUCGAACAAGGAGACAGCGCUGCGACUCCUCAGCGUGGGGCUGGAGCAGUGCCCCCUCCUGCAUUCAGCCUACAUCCCAGUGCCCAGGCAAAGAAAGCUGUCGGGCAAGGCGGGGAUAGACGAGGUCAUGGCAGCCGCAGUUCUCACCAGCCUGUCCACUAGUCCUCUAGUGCUUGGCAACCCGCCUGGCACUCUCAGCCCAGCAGAGCCCAGCUGCGAGGCCUGGAAGGAGGGUCCUGCCAUGUCCUCCAGCUACAGCAGCAGCAGCAACAACAGCGGGGACUGGAACUGGGACCUGCCAAGCGACCGCUCCACGCCUUCCACCCCGUCGCCGCCGCUAUCCACCGACGUGGCCAAGAGCUUCCUGCCGGCCCCCCAGCUGGACGACAGCAUCGAGGAGACUGAAGCGACCCACUUCCUCUUCGGAGACCCCAUUCCCAGGAAGAGGAAGAACUCCACUAAGGUGAUGUUCAAGUGCUUGUGGAAAAGCUGUGGCAAGGUUCUGAGCAGCUCCUCGGGGAUGCAGAAGCACAUCCGAACCGUCCACCUUGGCCGGAAAGCCGACCUGGAUCAGAGCGACGGUGAGGAAGAUUUUUACUAUACGGAGCUGGAUGUCAACGUGGACUCCCUGACAGAUGGGCUGUCCAGCCUGACCCCCGUCUCGCCCACCUCUUCAGUGCCUCCGGCCUUCCCCGUCGUGGAGGUGCAACGAACCCCACCGAUGCUGGUGAAGCCCGAGGACUCUGUAGAGUCUCCUCUGAGUCAUUCAGCUCCAACAAACCUGUGCCAUGUCCACACGGACCACGCCUAUCAGGUGGGCCAUGUGGAAAAGCAGGCGAUGGCUCCCGUCAGCAUCUCAGCUGCUUCGAAAACCCUGCCUGGCGGGAUGGGCUUCAGCAUCUCCUGGCAGCCACCCCCAGCGCCACAGUCACCAGUUGUUUUUAAAGGGUCCCCGGGCUGCCUGACUGCGCUCCGCCCCGUUGGCGUGGGAGAGAAGCGGCCACAGAUCCCUCACCCGACCGUCACCGCGGCGCCCCCCUCUGUGCCAAAGCCAGCCGCAGGCACCAGGAAGCCCCGCGGCGAGGCCAAGAAGUGCCGCAAGGUGUACGGGAUGGAGAACCGGGACAUGUGGUGCACAGCCUGCCGGUGGAAGAAAGCUUGUCAGAGGUUCGUCGACUGAGCGCCCCCCGCCGCCCCACGCCUGGCCCUGCUGCCCAAGCCCCCAGGCCCCUCUGGCUCCAUUGGAACCUCCGAGCUCUGGAAAGUCAGCGUCAGUGUCAACGCUUCCGUCUUGCACGUUUUGCACUUCAGGUGCCUUAGAGCCCCGACCCCACCUCCUGGCCCCCAGGGACUCAGCUGUGGCUAGCCGGAAACUGCCCCGGACUCAGGAAAAAGGAGCCCCUUGGCCUGCAAUUGCUCUGAGGAAUUGUAGAGCGGCGAUUCUAGGCGUGGGGGGGAGGGGUGAAAGGAAGGGGCUGUCCUUGAAAAGGAAAAACUCAUUUCUCGUCUCCACCCCCGUUGGUGCGACACGGCUCCCGACGCCAUCUUACAUCAGGUUUCCUCCGGGAUUGGGCCCCUGAGAGCCAUUCGUCUGGCACUAUAUUUGUGGUUUUUUGCGGAGCCUUGUCCUGUCUCCUCCCCGCCAGUGUCGUGCUCUUGUCUCUUGGAAGCUUUACAUUUAUGCACACGUACGCACGGAGCUUUUCUGAUCACUGUCUUUUGGAAAUAAGCUAUUUUCUCUUCCUUCACUACGUUCCUCCUGCCAUCUGACUGCCUUCAGGGAUCUGGCCGAGCCAGGGAAGUCCGUGCGCUGGGAUCCGGCAGUGGGAGGCCUGUAUCAGCUGCCAGCUCCGUAUCGCGCCGUGGGAAAGGAGGGGAGUGGACCUGGUACUGUACGUGCACAGGAAGCCCAGAGCUCCUUUCCCUCUUGGUUUUUGCUUUGGAAUCUCGCCGACCACAGUUCACCACCGUAAUGGACUUUAGACCAAGAAAAGGACCCAGCUUGACCUCCUGCUGCAGCCCGCUGGGAUGUGACGAGGUUCCGAGCAGCAGUUUUCUACCCUUCUUUUUUCUCUCUUGGUUUUAAGGUGCCAUGUCUGACCUGAGUCCUGACUCUGGUGGGCUAAAACACCCAGCGUCCCUGGGGGAAGGGGGGACGGUGCUGUGUGUUAUCUCCCCCACUACUGCAGGGAAUUCUCGAUUGGGGGGAGGGCGAGGAUGUGAGAUGGACACAGCAACAGAUCCUCAACCAUUUGAAGACACUUGUAUGGUCAGAUCUUUGAGCUCUGUGUCCAGAAUGGACACGGGGUGGGGGGAAAGCGGUGGUGGGAGUAACUAUGCCUACGAAUAAGCUGUGCCUGGGAAAAGUGGCCUCUGUUCACCGUCCUUUUCCGCGUGGAAAAUGUGGCUCACUACCUGCCCCUCCCCCAGCCACACCUGUUCUGUCACCCCUCUGCGUGCGGAGCCCAGAUCCCCGGGUGCAGAGACGGGGGACUUGUGUCCACCCAGGAUGAGGUAUUAAAGUUUUUUUUUUUGUUUUUUUUUAUAAAGGAAAAAAAAAACCUGCUCCCGUGGCAACGAGAGCGGCCGGAAGUGCCUGCGUCAACGCGCCCAUUUGCACUAAGCCAAACUGCACAAAGAGUUUUCUUUAUUCUUUUCUUUGUGUGUGUGUUUUUUUAAUAAAAUAUAUUAAAGGUUGUAUUUUAAAUAUUCCCUCCCAGGGCACGAGAGAGAGAGUGAGAAAACCCUCAUCAUCUUGCUUUCCAAAAGCAUGUCUCUAGAUUUGUUUCUGUAGGGACUAUAUUUCCCAGAAUCCUUUCUCUCUCCCAUCACCCCCCUACCCCCUUUGGACACCCUGUUUAUGAGCAAGCAGCACUGGUUGCUGGGAAAUGUAGUUUUCCCUUCAUGCAUUUUUUGUUUGUUUGCCCUGCUGUCUUGAGUGCAACAACCCAGACAACGUCCACUGGAAUUUGCCUUGGUCGUUAAUGUCUGAGAUAAUCCCUCAAAAAUUAAUUUGCUGGAUGCAAAGACGAGAGUCUCUGUGUAUGCGUGUGUUUACGAAGCCGUAUUUUGUAAGAUUGUUUUUUCAGUAUUUGGAGCCUGGCUCAAUUCUAUGUGUGUUGUUGUUGGUUUUUUUGUAAACAAAACCAAUUGUCUGUGCA